AUGCCCAAGUGCCAAAAUGGCCUGACCCAGGCCGGGACCUUGGCUUUUGCCUUCCGCCUUCUCAGUAUAACAGGACUGCUGAGACUGUGCAAAGGAACACCAACUGCCACGCAGAUCCUCAACAGUGGACUUUCAGGAGCAAAGGAAUGCCAGUCAGGAGAUAAACUUAUCUUUCUCUCUCUUGAUAGAGGUGGCCUCAGCAACAUGCUGUUCCAGUGUUCACUACCUGAUACAAUUGAGACAGUUGCAGAUGAACCACGGAAAGUUCUCCUGCGCUUAUAUGGUGCAAUCCUGCAGAUGAGGUCCUGCAAUAAAGGAGAGUCUGUACAGUCUCAGAAGGAAAAUUACUUGCAAGGGCCAGAAGCCAUGGUUCUGGAAAGUGUUAUGUUUGCCAUUCUUGCAGAGAGAGCUCUUGGUCCAAAACUGUAUGGAAUCUUUCCACAAGGACGAUUGGAGGAAUUCAUUCCUAGCAGGAAACUGACUACUGAAGAACUAAGCUUACCUGACAUAUCUGCUGAAAUAGCUGAGAAGAUGGCUAGAUUUCAUGGCAUGAAAAUGCCAUUUAAUAAAGAACCUAAGUGGCUUUUUGGAACAAUGGAAAAAUACCUAAAUCAAGUGCUGAGGAUUAAAUUUACCAGGGAGUCCAGAACUAGAACACUGAACAAACUCCUCAGUUACAAUCUCCCACAGGAAAUGAAAAAUCUACGAGCAAUCCUUGAAGCUACUUCCUCACCAGUUGUAUUUUGUCACAAUGACUGCCAAGAAGGUAAUGUUUUGCUUCUGGAAGGCAGAGAGAAUUCAGAAAACCAAAAGCUGAUGCUCAUUGACUUUGAAUACAGCAGCGCAGGAAGAGGAUUUGACAUUGGAAAUCACUUCUGUGAAUGGAUGUAUGAUUACACAUAUGAGAAGUACCCAUUCUUCAAAGCUAGUGUUCUUAAAUACCCUUCGAAGAAGCAACAGCUUCACUUUAUCUCCAGUUACCUGUCUGCAUUCCAUGAUUGCUUUGAAAGUCUGAGCAAUGAAGAGAAGUUAAAACUAGAAGAAGAAGUGUUAACAGAAGUUAACAGAUUUGCCCUUGCAUCACAUUUCUUCUGGGGUCUGUGGUCUAUUAUACAAGCAAAGAUCUCAUCCAUUGAGUUUGGUUAUCUGGAAUAUGCGUUAUCCAGAUUUGAUGCAUACUUUGAUCAGAAGAAGAAGCUGAAGGUGUGA